AGAAGAAGAUGGAGGUGGAAGAGGACCCAAGCAGCCAAUUCGUCGACUUCACGAAUGCCACGGCCUCGGAGCAGUUCGUUUCCGACGUGGAGCAGGCGCUGAUCGGCUGGCAGCUGGCCAACAAGGGUCACGCGUCACUGGCGGCGCUCGGUGCCUCCUCGCAGCGGCAGGGAACCGCCGCCAAGCACGCAGACGUCGCGAUCUGGACCAAGGAGCUGCUGUUCCUCGCGCCCAUUGGUCAAAAAGACGCCAAGACCUACACUCUGACACUCUUUGUGGCCGAGCCGAGCUUCAAGCCGCCGGCCGAGACACAGACGCAGAGCAAGUCGCUCAAGGGCAAGCGAUGGCAGGAGGGGCUCGAGCACUUCACGCCCACGAUGCUGUCGGUGGCGGACGCCAGCAGGGACUUCCAGUGGGGCGUGGAGGGAGAGCAGGGCGAGGACAGCGAGGAGGCUGAGGACAUUGAGGAGGACAGAGUGGAGAACAGACCGUCCUACUACACGUCGGUGUUCGAGGACGACGGCGAGCCAGUGUUCAGCCGUAGAGCAGCCUUCAAGAACGCGCAGAAGUGGUUCGGGGUGGACGAGUUCCUGCUGCUGAGCCGGUCGUCGCCCCACGAGAAGAAGCAGCAGGAGAAGAGUGGGGGAAACAGGGAGAAGGAGGAAGACGGGGAGGAGAAGCAGGGUGAAGACGACUCUGCCGAGCAGCAGACAGACGUGGAGCAGGAGAUACCGGGCGGGAAGGAGAGCGGAGAGGGCGACGGGGAUCACGAUGCUAUGGCGGAUAUUCACGUGGACCAGAACGAAGCCGGUAUGCUGCUGUCGGCGCUCACAAUGGCGCUAAAUAAUUGCAACUGCACCAUUCCUGCGUUCGUGCCGGUGUUUGAGCCGUCGAGAGGGACGUGGAUUGGGUCGGCGGUGCCUGGUGCGACGGGCAAUGUUUCCAUGUCGUUUGACACCGACUCUGUUCCGGAGCUGAACCCAAACCAGAGCUGCAUUAGCGGCUUGCUGGACUUUUUCAAGGUGAAGCUGCAGCUGCCACCGCAUGUUGAAGAGAAGUGUCGUGUAGAAUCGGACGAAUCGGGUGACCUCGCCAUUGGCAUGAUGGUGUCCGCCUCGUUCGGGUAUUCAUGGAAUCGCACGGAUGAUCCUCGGGAGCUGGCGACACCAGAGAACCCGCUGGCUUGGCGAACACUGGAAUCUCAGCUCCCAGCCAAAGACCAACAUCAAAUACGCCAGAUUACAACCAAGCUCUUCGGUGAAAGUCAUCCGACUCCGUUGCUCGGUGCAUCCGCUUCUCCUUUAAGCGGAAUAGAUCUUACAGUUAGCUGGCCUCAGUUGCGCGAAGGAACCUAUGUUGACAACGUCGUGCACUCCACUUUGGAUCCUAGUUCAGCGCCUGAGUGGAUGCUGGCCGCGCGUUUUCAAGAUCUCGUCUCGGAAAACCAGCGCAAGCCUUAUCUCCCACUCAGCAAGCAAGUGGCGAACCUAGUUCAAGUUUAUUCAAAUUCCAGAGAGCUCAGCAAGGAUAUGCUGGUGUCCGAGCUCGCACCACCCAUGCCAGUGGUGCCGUCGCCAGCGAAGUCAUCGUCAGUUCAAAUUGCUGCAAGUUCUAGUAGCACUGACGAAGCUUCUGGGUCGCAACCAUCACAGAGUAUCACGGAGUCUACAAUACCCGCUGCACGAGCAGUAGGCGUGCUGGGAAGUGCGAUCUCGAGUUUAGUGUCGGCUGCCACAUGGAAAGGCUCUGAUGCAGAAGAAAUUAGACGGAUCGUGUCGGAGCUUUUCGAUGAAGGUGGUGAUACUCAAAAUGAAGAAAACGGUGAACAGAAAGGCAGGCCAGGGCUGCCUUUGGUGAGCGUGCCAAGCUCUGUGGAGCAUGGUGCUCCUUUGGGAGAGUUGGUGUCUAUUCUCGCGACAAGGAUGGGUCAACUACAUGGAAUCAACUCGAUGUCGCUGCUUUGGGUCGAGUUUGUAAAAGCGUUGAGGGAGCGGUGGUUUCAGCAGCAAUUGCUUCCUUUCAUGAGUACCAGCAUGAAGGAGAACGGUGUUGACCACAACACCAGCUCGCAUUCUCUGGAUGCACUGUUUCUGCUGGAUUCUGACGCGAUGCAGCUACCUCCUCCAGACUUCCGUCACUGUCUUCUGCAUCAAAAGCUACAAUUGCUUAACUGUUGCAUUCUAAGAGAAGCUCAGGAAUCAAGACCAGCCUCAAAUGGUGGCGACAGAAUCAAGGCAAACCACAGCGGACAAGAGACGAAGGCAAAUACCCAGACCACAAAAUCCUCGGGUGCCGACGACGAAGUCGAUGCAGACAACAGUCCAAGCGAUGACGAAUUUUUCGACUCUGUUGAGCAGCAAGACGCUCCACUGCCAUCACCACCUCGUGCAUCAAGGCGUGCGGAGGGUGUCCUUCGUGAGGCAACUGGUAUUGUUUGUCUGCAAACAAAUGAGCCUCUGAUGGAGCCUGUGACUCAAACAGCGGUACCCAUGACGGAAGACGUCGCAAAACAGCAACAGGAUCUUCUUACGCGUCUGGGUGUGAGCGUGGAGUCAGACAAAUUGCGACAGCAGAUCCAGAGCACGUCCUUGAUUUCAGAUAUGCAGUCAUUUAAAGCUGCCAACCCACGAAGCUGUCUUGCAGAUUUCAUUCGCUGGUAUUCACCAAAGGAUUGGAUUCCGUUUAAAACCCCAGUUGAUCCAUUCCAAGCCGAGCUGCCAUCUGAGGGAAGAGGCGUGUGGUGGUUUGAACAGCAUGGCAUGCUCUCGGAACGGAUGCGUUUUGGGCCGGGGCACGAGCAUCUGUGGCAGCAAAUGUGGGAGUCUAGUGCUCCAGUGCCCGCAUGUCGUCAAAAACGAUUGUUUGACCCAGUCCAAGAGUCAGAAAAAGUGUACCAUUAUAUGGAGACGCUAUCCCCGCACGAACUGUUUCACCAAAUGCUAGCCGGUGCCAUCUCUAGCAGCGUGUUCGCAGUGGAAACAGCAUUGCCAGUACGUGUGUCGACCCAGACGCUACCGGUUGUCUACCGAGCCUUGCAGAGUCUUCGUUCUCGUGGGAACCGUGCAGUUGCGCUGUUGGACGAGGCCCUGGCAGAGUCACAAGUGGCCUUUCCUGCUACUGGCAGAAGCAAGCAGCGUGCGGACCACGAGCAGUCGGUAGCCGCUGCACAUCAGGGCCAGCAACUUCAAGUCGCGUUUGAGAUGGCAUUGGAUGCGUGCUGGAAGCUUGUGCGCUCGCUGGAAUCUGUGGAGGCUCUCAUUACAAAGGCGCUGGCGUUACUGCACUAUUUCCCGGUGACAAAGGAAGACCAUGGAGUGUUGGCGCUUGUGAAUUUUUUACUCUUGCCAUCGCUUUCACAUCGCCAGCAGCUAAAAAUUUCGAAGCUGCUGAAGCAAGAAAGCUUACGCCAGCAGGUUGCUGCAAUUUUGCUCACGAACCCAACGCUCGCAGAAGCGGGACCGAUGACGGUCCCUGUCCAGCGUGAGUACGUGCUUCGAUGCAUUUGUCCGCGACCAUUCCUACGAGAAUACUACGGCGAUUCAGCUUUUGAGGAGGAUGGUGGCGAAACAAGUUAUGCGCAACCAGACGAAGAGCUGGAAGAGAGCCCGCUCGUGGUAUGCCGAAUGUAUGCCGCUUUCAAGAAGAGAACGGUACGCUUCGCGUUGGUUCUGGCUGAGUCAGAGUUCUAA